AGAACUGAGCUAUGCCUGGAUCUUCAAUGAAUACCCUUCCUAUCAGGAUAACCGUCGCUUCGUUUCUCAAGAGACUGGGAAUCUGUAUAUUGCCAAAGUGGAAAAAUCUGAUGUUGGUAAUUAUACCUGUGUAGUUACCAAUACUGUGACCAACCACAAGGUCCUGGGACCACCCACACCACUAAUCCUGAGAAAUGAUGGGGUGAUGGGUGAAUAUGAGCCCAAAAUAGAAGUACAGUUUCCAGAAACUGUCCCAGCUGAGAAAGGAACAACAGUCAAGCUGGAAUGCUUUGCCUUAGGAAACCCAGUCCCAACUAUUCUAUGGCGAAGAGCUGAUGGAAAGCCAAUAGCAAGGAAAGCCAGAAGACAUAAGUCAAAUGGAAUUCUAGAAAUUCCCAACUUUCAGCAGGAAGAUGCUGGUUCAUAUGAGUGUGUGGCUGAAAACUCCAGAGGCAAAAAUGUAGCAAAGGGACAGUUGACUUUUUACGCUCAACCUAACUGGGUUCAAACAAUAAAUGAUAUCCACGUGGCCAUGGAAGAAAGUGUCUUCUGGGAAUGUAAAGCAAAUGGGAGGCCCAAGCCUACCUACAGGUGGCUAAAAAAUGGUGACCCACUGUUAACACGGGAUAGAAUACAAAUCGAGCAAGGAACACUCAACAUAACAAUAGUGAAUCUCUCAGAUGCUGGCAUGUACCAGUGUGUGGCAGAGAAUAAACAUGGAGUUAUCUUUUCCAGCGCUGAGCUUAGUGUAAUAGCCGAAAGUCCAGAUUUUUCGAGAACACUCUUAAAAAGAGUAACACUUGUCAAAGUGGGAGGUGAAGUUGUCAUUGAGUGCAAGCCGAAAGCAUCUCCAAGACCUGUCUACACCUGGAGAAAGGGAAGAGAAAUAUUAAGAGAAAAUGAAAGAAUUACCAUUUCUGAAGAUGGAAACCUCAGAAUCAUCAAUGUGACUAAAUCUGAUGCUGGAAGUUACACCUGCAUAGCCACGAACCAUUUCGGAACCGCCAGCAGUACUGGAAAUGUGGUUGUGAAAGAUCCAACAAAGGUGAUGGUUCCCCCUUCCAGCAUGGAUGUCACUGUGGGAGAAAGCAUUGUUCUUCCAUGCCAGGUGACACAUGAUCAUUCCUUGGACAUUGUGUUUACUUGGACAUUUAAUGGACAUUUGAUAGACUUUGACAAAGAUGGAGACCACUUUGAAAGAGUUGGAGGGGAUUCAGCUGGUGAUUUGAUGAUCCGAAACAUCCAACUGAAGCAUGCUGGGAAAUAUGUCUGCAUGGUCCAAACAAGUGUGGACAAACUCUCUGCUGCUGCGGACCUGAUUGUAAGAGGUCCUCCAGGUCCUCCUGAAGCUGUGACCAUAGAUGAAAUCACAGACACCACUGCUCAGCUUUCUUGGAGACCUGGACCUGACAACCACAGCCCCAUCACCAUGUAUGUCAUCCAAGCUAGGACUCCAUUCUCCGUGGGCUGGCAAGCAGUCAGUACAGUUCCAGAACUCGUUGAUGGGAAGACAUUUACAGCAACUGUGGUGGGUUUGAAUCCCUGGGUUGAAUAUGAAUUCCGCACUGUUGCAGCUAAUGUGAUUGGCAUUGGGGAACCCAGCCGACCCUCAGAGAAACGGAGGACAGAAGAGGCCCUCCCUGAAGUCACCCCGGCUAACGUCAGUGGCGGUGGAGGCAGCAAAUCUGAACUGGUUAUAACCUGGGAGACUGUCCCUGAGGAAUUACAGAAUGGCAGAGGCUUUGGUUACGUGGUAGCCUUCCGGCCACAUGGCAAAAUGAUCUGGAUGCUGACAGUGCUGGCUUCAGCUGACGCCUCCAGAUACGUGUUCAGGAAUGAGAGCGUGCGUCCAUUCUCUCCCUUUGAGGUUAAAGUGGGUGUCUUCAAUAACAAAGGGGAAGGCCCUUUCAGUCCCACCACGCUGGUGUAUUCUGCUGAAGAAGAACCCACCAAGCCACCAGCCAGUAUCUUUGCCAGGAGUCUUUCUGCCACAGAUAUUGAAGUUUUCUGGGCCUCCCCUAUUGGGAAGAACAGAGGACGGAUUCAAGGUUAUGAGGUAAAAUAUUGGAGACAUGAUGACAAGGAAGAAAAUGCGAGAAAAAUACGAACAGUUGGAAAUCAGACAUCCACAAAAAUCACCAACUUGAAAGGAAGUGCUCUGUAUCACUUAUCCGUCAAGGCGUAUAACUCAGCUGGGACAGGACCCUCCAGUGCAACAGUCAAUGUCACGACCAGAAAGCCACCACCAAGCCAACCCCCUGGAAACAUCAUAUGGAAUUCAUCGGACUCCAAAAUUAUCCUGAACUGGGAUCAAGUGAAGGCCCUGGAUAAUGAGUCAGAAGUAAAAGGAUACAAAGUCUUGUACCGAUGGAACAGGCAAAGCAGCACAUCUGUCAUUGAAACAAACAAAACAUCAGUGGAGCUCUCUUUACCUUUUGAUGAAGAUUACAUCAUAGAGAUCAAGCCAUUCAGUGAUGGAGGAGACGGCAGCAGCAGUGAGCAAAUCCGAAUCCCAAAGAUUUCAAAUUCCUAUGCAAGAGGAUCUGGGGCUUCUACCUCCAAUGCGUGUACAUUGUCAGCCAUCAGUACAAUAAUGAUCUCUCUCACAGCCAGGUCUAGUUUAUGACAAAAGUUAUCUAAAGGACUUGCUAUUUAUAAUAUAAGCAACAUUUAGCUAGUUGUUUUGAAGACACCCAGUACUAAGUAAUAUUGUUGUUCAAGUACAUCUUAUUACUGGAAAAAAAAAUGUUUUUUGCUUCGUUAGGAAUGGCAUUAUACAGUACUUCCUCAAAGCAAAUCUAGCUUUGUCUGAAGUUUCUUUGGAAACUCUGCAAUGCACUGAAGACAUCUGUAAUAUGAUGUUACCAAAGCAGUUUACAUAUGUCCUUAUAUGCAUAUUUUUUAUUAUAUAUUUAGUGUUUUAUAGAAUUUUUUAAAGUUAACAUAUAAUGUAGAUAUUGGGUUUUUUUUUUCUUCCUCUGCUGUAAAAUGCUCUGGGCAACACAACCACACAAUUAUUAUUUGAGAUGAUUUCCUUUAAGGACAGAGUUUGAAACUCAUCUCAGUUAAUGAAUUACAAAUGACUUGUACAGUUUUACAAGGAUCCAGUGUCAAAACAGCUGGAGACUAGGUCUGUAACUCAAGGCUGCUGUAUAUAAAUUAUCCCUUGAAUGGUUAAUGCAUUGAAUCGAGUCCCCUUGACAUAUGUGAUACGUUUUCCCAUCCUGUUGUGAAUUUUGUUGUUCAACACAAUUUGAGAUGGUUUCAGGAACUACACAUCCCAAAAGCUAAACUUCCCAGCCCAAGAGGUACCUUGUGCAAUCCUCCCAGCCCUGAACUUAGCAUUGUCUGGUAAGACUUUAUUUGAGCAUCGUCUUUGUAGUAGCAUUAUCUUAGGCAUUGAAUUUGAAGUUACAUAUCCUGUAGUAACAUAGAUGAAAAGUUACUAUAGUCAAACAAGUCUUUCAUGGCAUAAAAGGUAAUUUUACUCUUUAGACAUAUCUGUUUUGAAUGUAAAUUUUUUAAUAAUUCUGUCAAUGCAUUUAUAAUUUCAAAUUUUCUUAUAGAUAACACGUGUAACUGUAAUGAUAGAGCCCUUCUUUCGAAUGAUAAUAACAUGUAAUUUGAAAUGUUUUCCUAUUUUAGCAAAUAGCUGCUGCAAAGAAUUUUACAUAUAACUUCUAUAAACUCUCCAUAGUACAGAUGUAUUGUAUCUUGAUGUCUCUCCUGUUUGCAGUAGCUAGUCUGAUUGCUUUAUAAGCUUCACAUUCUAAAUCUUACAAUCAUACAAUGAAAGAUGGCAAUAUCAACAAAACCUUAUUCUUAUGAAAAGAACUAUUUAUUAUGAUGGGGGGAUGUUUUGUAAGCUGACAAGGGUGGAACAUAGAAGGCAAUGAGAUUUUCUAUAAAGCUUUUCACAUGAAAACACACAGUCACCUUUUUCUUCUUUCUUGGAGAGCUCACGAUUGCCUGUAAUUUGUCAUUUUUGCUUACACAUAACAUAGCUUUUCAACCUGCUGAUUAUAUUCAUCCAAUAAAGACAUCAUCAGGAUUCAAUUUGUGUAAAAAUUAGGAUGGUAACAGGGAAAAUAUUGUCAGUAUUUCAGCUGUGUUCCUUAUUUUGAUAUGGCUUACUUCUAUGUUAAAAUAUGAUUUAAAAUCACAUGCAAAAAAAUCAACAAAAUAAUAAAAUGAAUGAAAAAAACCUGAUACCCCAGGUAGUUCCCAACCCCAGUGUAAACAAUAUCUACCAGUGGUCUAGCAUAUGUAAUCUUUUUUAAAGGUAUUGUUAAUAAAUAUUCUGUCAUUUGUAAAAACA